CAAACGCGUCGACAACACCACCGACCCGAUCCCGACGUCCGAUCUCACCACACACCGGUCCUACCCAACAAUCGAAAGUGCAUUUCAUCACUCAAAAAAAAAAAUCCAAUUCAAAAAAUUUAAAAAUUAAAAAAAUGUGAAUUUAAUACAAAAACAAAUUGACCAAAAAUGCGUUUGAGGGAAAAAUCAAGUACCAGUCCACACUAAUGGAUCAUCAAACAAAUUUCACCAAUCUCACCUCGCUGGCAUGGAACAACAGCCAGCAGGCACUGGUGUACACCCUGAGUGUAAUAGACAACGCUUCCUACGAAGAAGAGGUAGCUCGCCUGCUUGCAAUCAAUCAGCUGGCAUCGCCGGCGGCACUCGUCACCGCCGUCCUGCUGGUCUUCCUCUUCUCGCCGACAAUUAUCAUCGGUAAUUCACUGGUACUGAUUGCCAUCUAUCGUUUUAAGCGAUUACGCACGCCGAGCAAUUACCUGGUGAUGUCGCUGGCGACGUCGGACCUGGGCGUCGGGAUAUACACGCCGGUCGGGAUGUAUCUGGAGUUGUGCGGCGUCGGCGGGGCGUCGGGCGCUCCCUCCGGCGCCGCGCUCUGUCUACUUAACUACGGCGUGCCCAUCACGCUCUGCUGCGUCUCGGUGUUGGUGAUGGUCGCCAUCGCCGUCGAUCGCUUCACGUCACUAGCGAGACCCCUGCGGUACAAUAAUCUUAUCACGCACACCGCUAUGGAGAGGUACAUCGCGGUGUUUUGGAUUUAUGCUGCUCUGGUUGGCUUCUCACCUUUUACUUAUCACAUGUUUUAUGGGACGCCAAAUUAUCAAUCAUCCCACUGCUCGUUCGGCAGCCUGAUACCGCGACCCAUCCAGCUGUUUAUGUUCUGCGCCGUUUACGGCCCGUCGGCGUUCAUCCUGCUGGUGUGCUAUGGUUAUAUCUACGUGGUGGCGCGGGGGCACGCGCGUGCCAUCUCCGAAGUGCGUCACUCGCUGCAGUACGGACAUGGCUCGAACGCGCCGCGCUACGGGGUUGCGCUCGCGAUCACGACAGGGAUGUUCCUCACGCUCUGGCUGCCGUUUCAAAUUUGUAUGCUUCUCGAUGUCUUCACAGAUUCAAAAAUAUUAACACAAUGGAUCGUGAUCUACCUGGCGUUCCCAAUCGUGUCCUCCAGCGCGUUCAACCCGUGGAUUUACGGCUAUCGAAAUGGCGAGUUGCGGCUCGCGGUGCAAAAGGUUGUCGACGAUGUACUGACUCUACUCGGCUUUAAUUAUCGCAGCCAUCCGAUAACAGAUGCGCACGUGGUGCCACCAAGUAUAGCGGCAACGGCCGGAGACGCCGGUUCGUUAAUCAACCACCAUCCGAAUUGCAACCACCUUUAUCAUCAACACAAUCCACUCGCUCUCGAUUUGGUCGAGUGCGUUCCGCAAAAACAGACGCCCAUUAAGCGAGAGUACUACAGCUGGAAUCCGGAUGAUGAGUAUCUAUUAGUGCCGAUGGCCAAACCGGAAUCGUCUGGUUUCCUCUCCCUGGACGACGAAAAGUGUACCAGUGUAAAAAAUAUCAAUGUAACGUUCAAUAACAACCAUUUGAACAGCAGUGGCCGGUCGUUGAAUAAUAAUCAUUUACAUGGUGAGAACAACAAGUGCGCAAAAAUCGGCAAGAAGCGGUAUAAUCGAAAACAUCUCAGCACGCAUUUAAAUUUCAAUUUUGUGAAGGAUAUUAAAGACUUUAAAGAAUUGAAGGAUAAAAAAGAAGCAAAAGAAACGCAUGAGAUUAAGGAGUGUAAAGAAGACAACAAACAGGCGCAGAAUUGCUACAAUCGGCCAGGAUUGAAGGGAUCCAAGAGUAUGAUUGAGAGUUUUGCGGGUUUGAGGAAUGGCACAGAUGUGUGGAUAUUCAAAGGCAAGAAUUUGAUGAUUAACGGUGCGAGCAUUGUUUAAAUCACGGGAAUAUAAAUUGUUGUGGUAAGCAACCAAUUUAACAUUUGCAUGAAGGUUAGGUUUGUGAGCUACACAGAAACACCAAGUUAACUUAACUUUAGAGAAGACGGUAAGUCAAUACGAAACAACAAACAGAGUACUUAAACAAAGGUCUACUAUAGUUAUUUUUAUACAAAGAAAAAAUAUCUAAGAAUAUUGAGAGAAGACGGAAUUUAUCAGAUCAAUUACCCAAUGGACUAUUCUAAAUGUUCACUUUUAAUUGUAAACAAAUCGUUGUUUAAUUAAAGUAAUUUUUAUGUCAAAUUGUCAAACAAAACUACAGAGUAUCUAUUGUAUAGAAUCUCUUAUAAAUAGCGGAGAUUUACUUGUUUCUAACCAAACAUUUGAAAAAAAAAUUGGUUCCGGUCGACGUUUGUAGGUGUCGCCACUGUAGUAGGUUAGCAACCGGUGAAUCUCCACUAUUCGCACAUGUAAAAUACUAAAUUGUAUUAUAGUAAUUAAACAAUUUCGCAUUCAAAUUCAAAUGUCAAUACGAAAAGAUGUGCGAUUCUGUACUUAGGUGUCUACCAUCAUUCCACUUCACAACCUUCAACCUCCCAAACACUCAUUAACGUUAAAUAAAUAUCAAUUUUAUAUGCGUGCAGUGAUUGCACAAUAUAGUCACAUUUAUAAAUGUUAACUAUAUAAAGAGAUUAUCUAAGAAUUAUUGUACUUAAUGACUGUUGAACGUUAUAAAUUUUUGAUUUAAGGUGCCAAAGAUUAUAUUUUAUGCGUUAGUGAAGUUUUUCUAUGGUUUAGUAAGUCAGAAUUCAAUUGUGCGCUAAAUAAGUGAAUAGAACCAAAGAUACAAUGUGCUUAUGAUGCUGUGAAUAAGAAUAAUACCAAAAAUAUAUAGAGAAUUAUUUAUAGAUAAAAGAUAUAAACAGAGUAGACGUAUUUAGAAGGAUGUUGGUGAUAUGACGGAGAGAUAUAUUAUCUCAGGAAAUAUAAAUAUGUUCAAUUUAUUUAUAAUUACAAAUGUUAAAUGAGUUCGGACGAAAACUACUCCUACUUUUUUACUUCCAGAAUUGGAUUGUAAUGGAACAUUUCCAGCUACUAUGUAAUUAUUUAAAGAAAAAAAUUAAAUAAAUUAUUAUAAACUGUGAAA